CGUCACCGCGCGAUUGUCUAGUCAACAGCUCAGCUGUUGUGUGAGACCGCGGGAAAAAAAUACUCCACGUAAUACAUCGGCCGGUUCCAGGAAGGGACUCUGGACUUCCGUGGGGCCAUUGUGGCCGUGUUUCGGAGAACAUAACGGGAAUACAUCAGCUUUCGUUCUUCAGAUAUAAACCGAGACACGUUGGUCUGGAACAGCGGAGGUUUAGAUCUAGGACAGUCUCUCUGGAGAGGAAGGAAAAUGGAGCUAGAUGACGGAGCUGUGUACCAGGACGAUCCGGGCACAUCGGCGAUCAUGUCGGAGAGGGUCUCGGGCCUGGCCAACUCCAUCUACCGCGAGUUCGAGAGGCUCAUCCGCAAAUACGACGAGGACGUGGUGAAGGAGCUGAUGCCGCUGGUCGUGGCGGUGCUGGAGAACCUCGACUCGGUGUUCGCCGAGAACCAGGAGCACGAGGUGGAGCUGGAGCUCCUCAAGGAGGAUAACGAGCAGCUGAUCACUCAGUACGAGCGCGAGAAAGCGCUCAGGAAACACGCCGAGGAGAAGUUCAUUGAAUUUGAAGAUUCCCAAGAGCAAGAGAAGAAGGAUUUGCAGAACCAUCUGGAAAGUCUUUCAUCACAUUCCCGUCAGCUGGAGCUGAAGAUCAAGAACUAUGCUGACCAGAUAAGUCGAUUAGAAGAGCGAGAGGCUGAACUGAAGCGUGAAUAUAAUUCCCUUCACCUGCGGCACACAGAGAUGAUCCACAACUACAUGGAGCAUGUGGAACGGAUCCGGAUGCAGCAGACGGGGGGAGAGACCUCUGACACAGGAACAAUUGGCCGAGUUCGGAAAGAGCGGCCCCUGUCUUUGGGAAUCUUCCCCAUGUCCGGCGGUGGCUCUUCACUGACGCCUGACAUCCAGGGCAGAGCCGAGACUCCUGGGAUGGAGGGCUGGAGAUUCAAUAACCUCAGUCAUCAGCGCUCUAAUGCCAGCCUCAAGUUGGAGGCGGAGGACACUCCAAAGAAAAGGGAUGGUAAGGAUGUUCUGGAAGCUUGGGACUCGCUGGCAAACGACUGCAAGGAUGAGCUGUCUGACCUCAGCCAGGGAGGCUCAAAGUCUGUCACUCCCAUGUCCACCACGGCCUCAGAUCUGGCCCUAGACUCGCACAGAGAGGAUGGAGAGGGAUUCUGGAAGAACACAGAGGUUCAGGCUGCUCCAGGGACCAGGGGCGUCUCUGCGGGUCUGGCCGAUAAUGAGGAAAAGUCAGAUGUUCAGGCCAUUAUUGAGUCCACACCAGAGCUGGACAUGGACCUCGGAUUUAAAGGUUCAAGCACCCCGACCGAAGGGAUUGAGAACAUGGCGUUUGACCGAAAUACAGAGUCUCUCUUUGAAGAAGUGUCGUCAGCAGGCACAGGUUUGAUUGGAGAUGUGGAUGAAGGAGCAGAUCUGUUAGUGGAGUACUCCGGUGUAUGCCCAAAUGGUGUACAGUAUGUAACUCCGUGUCCGCAGAGCGAUGUGCCCACAGCUCAGAGGAGGAGGUUCACGCGGGUGGAGAUGGCCCGAGUCCUGAUGGAGCGAAACCAGUACAAGGAGAGACUGAUGGAGCUGCAGGAGGCCGUCAGGUGGACGGAAAUGAUCCGAGCUUCAAGGGAAAACUCUGAAGUUGCAGAGAAGAAGAGGUCAAGCAUCAGGCAAUUCUUCAGUCGCCUGUUCAGUUCCUCAGCGUCCAGCAACACAGCGAGAGGUUUACCGUCCAACGUCAAGUACAACCCACCCAGCAUCAUGAAAAAGAGCAACACCUUCUCCCAGUUCCCAAGAGAAAAGUCCAAAGCGUUCGACUUCCUCAAAGAAGAGGUGGACUCGAAUGGUUCUCUGUCCCGCCGGGAGCAGAAGCGCGCUCAAUACGAGCAUGUGAAAGCCCAUGUGCAGAAGGAGGACGGCAGGGUUACAGCACAUGGCUGGAGUCUCCCUGGAAAAUACAAGGUUGCUAAUGGUGGCCAUGCAGAGAACAAAAUAAACCUUCCUGUUCCUGUGUGUCUCAGGCCACUGGAGCAGAAAGAUGCUUCUAUGAAGCUCCUGUGUGCAGCUGGAGUGAACCUGUCAGGUGGACGCUCAUGUGAGGGAAGCUCUGGUGUUUCUGGAGAAGAGUCUGCGGUGGAGACCGACGCCUCCAAACAGAGGAAAGACUCCCAGAGCAGCCUAGAUCAGCUGGAGCAGGAACCGAAGGAGCGGGAGCAGACAGUGCAUGUGGAGAUGUCCAGUCGCGUUUGGAUCUGUACGAGCACACACUCCUCCACAAAGGUGAUGAUCAUGGAUGUGACGCGGCCCGACGACCUGCUCGACAGUUUCUACGUCUGUAAUUCAUGUGUGCUGUGCAUCGCCAGCGUACCAGGAGUCUUGGAGACAGACUAUCCUGCAGGGGAGGAGAUUCCUCAGGACCUGGAGGCGGGGCCAGACGCUUUAUUGGCCAGCAGCAGCUCUCAGGGCAGUGAGGGUGCGUUGAGUGACGUGUCAGCGGUGGGCUGCAGUGUUGAAGAGUCCAGCACAGGAUCUCAGACGGGCAGCACAGGGGCCAACGAGCAGUCAGCAGAACAGAGUCCAGCCAGAGGAAGUGAUCUCUCCAGAGCUCCCAGUGAAGAUGGGCUCCCUGCAGCAGAGGAAGCUAUGGAGGCCACUGAGGAAGAGCAGGAGAGCCCGGGACAGGACACCAGCCAGCCAGGAAUCUACACGGAGCACGUGUUUACAGACCCACUGGGAACAGAGUCUUCUGGGCCUUCAACAGGCAACGAUAACCAGAGGGAGUCCAAUCAGGACAGGGACGAUACGGCCUCAGCAGGUGGAAAGACGAAUCUGGCGAAAGAAGAGAUCCAGCGGAUGAGCAGCGUGCUGCCCACCAUGUGGCUGGGGGCUCAGAACGGCUGUUUAUAUGUGCACUCAUCUGUCGCUCGAUGGAGGAAGUGUCUUCAUGCUGUCAAGCUGAAGGAUUCCAUCUUGAACAUUGUACAUGUGAAAGGCCGUGUUUUGGUGGCUCUGGCUGACGGUACACUGGCCAUCUUUCACAGAGGUCUUGACAGCCAGUGGGAUUUAACCAACUACCACCUCUUGGACCUCGGCCGGCCGCAUCACUCAAUCCGCUGCAUGACCGUCGUGCACGAUAAAGUGUGGUGCGGCUACAGAAACAAGAUCUAUGUGAUUCAGCCCAAAGCAAUGAAAAUAGAGAAGUCUUUUGACGCCCACCCGCGUAAGGAGAGUCAGGUGCGUCAGCUGGCCUGGGUGGGUGACGGUAUCUGGGUGUCCAUCCGGCUAGACUCCACCCUCCGCCUCUUCCACGCUCACACCUUCCAGCAUCUCCAGGACGUGGACAUUGAACCUUAUGUCAGCAAAAUGUUAGGAACGGGAAAACUGGGCUUCUCUUUUGUGAGGAUCACGGCUCUGAUGGUUUCCUGUAACCGGCUGUGGGUGGGAACAGGAAAUGGUGUCAUCAUCUCCAUCCCUUUAUCAGACUCUGUAGGUCAGUGUGGAUAUCUAGGUCAGAGGGCUCAUAAGACUGUAGGAGCGAUCGCCUGUCGUCCAGGUGGGGCGGUGCGAGUGUACGGCGAUGACACUGUGGAUGGUGCAGUGACGGGUUCGUAUGUACCCUACAGCUCCAUGGCACACGCUCAGCUCUGCUUCCACGGCCACAGAGACGCCGUUAAAUUCUUCGCUACUGUUCCAGGUCAGGUUAUUGUGCCCGGAGCUGAAGGUACGACUGAGAACUCCGACUCUUCAGCCCCAGACGGCAAGAGUAUGCUCAUCAUGAGCGGAGGAGAGGGAUACAUCGACUUUAGGAUCGGUGAUGAGGAUGGUGGUUUGGGUCGAGAUGAAGAUGAUGAAUCAGCUGAACCCACUUUGAAGCUGCAGUCGGCUCCUGCCAAACCUGAGCGCAGUUAUGUUAUAGUCUGGCAGGUUGCUUUAGACAGUGACUGAUAAAUCACUGCUGCAGGUUCAACCAAGAACUCUAGGUCAACCCACAUGGGCUUAUUAUUUUACAACAUACUACUUUUCUUAUUAAUGCAGAUAGUAUUAUUAUUAUUAUUAAUAGUGUUGUUUUUAAUACCUACACCACAAUGAGUUCUAAUAUUUGUGCUUAGAUGUUUAUUUAAUUUUACUGUUAUAUAUGAAUCUGGCAUUGACAGAAAAUAGAUCUGUGUUGAAAUGAAGGAACAAAACAUUGACUUGAAGCCGUCCACAACUAUAUUGCAAUUAUAUGAAAAUCCUGUGCUAAAGGUUUUAAAGAAAUAAAUGAAGAUUUGCUGAAAAUGUACUCCUCUUCAGGCC